UGGGCGAUCAAUCGUGGAAAGUCGAACCCCUUUCGUCAGCUGCCGAGACGGACCAAUCCUCAACUGCAAACGUAGACACACCUCCUCCUGAUUUGCUUACGCGCGCCGACGACAGCCUUGCAGUGACGUCGAGGUCACACCUGACACAUUACAUUCACCUGGUCAUUCCCAACAAGCGUAGUCAAGCAGCUACAAUGAGCAUCCGAAUGCACUGGUGAGGUGGCCCCGACUCAGUGAGCGUUUUUUGCUUGCCCACAUCGCGCUGCAGGGCUGCGCUCCCCGAAUGCAAGAAAUUCUUCGUGGUGCUCUUCUCUGACGAACGUUUCCAGCCUAGCCCAACAUGAGAAUCACAACGCGGCUACUUAAGGACAUCGGAAAGAUGUUGGACAAAUACUCGCGAUUCCACCCGUCGCCGCUGUCCAUCAAGCAGUUCAUCGAUUUCGGUGAAAAUGCCUGUGAAAAGACGUCAUUUCUCUUCUUGCGCAAAGAACUGCCAGUGCGGUUGGCCAACAUAAUGAAGGAGAUUCACCUGCUGCCAGAGAAUCUGCUGAGCAUGCCCUCUGUGGAACUUGUCAGAAGCUGGUAUGAACGGAGUUUUGAGGAAAUAUUGGAAUUUGAGAAUGCUGGGAAUGAUGAUCAAAAAGCCAUGAUAAAGUUUUGUGAGGCACUGAUCAAGAUUAGAAACCGCCAUUCAAACGUCGUUCAGACCAUGGCCCAGGGUGUCAUAGAGCUGAAGGAGUCACAUGAGCCGGACCCAAAAACGGAGCACAGUAUACAGUACUUCCUGGACCGCUUCUACAUGAACAGGAUUUCGAUCAGAAUGCUCAUAAAUCAACACACUUCCCUGUUUGGAAAUGAGAACAACACUCAUCCCCGCAAUAUUGGUUCCAUCGACCGCAACUGCAAUGUUGCAAGUAUAGUUGAAGAUGCCUAUGAAAAUGCAAAGUUCCUAUGCGACCAGUAUUAUCUUACAUCUCCUGGCCUCGUAGUUGAACAGUGUGAUGUGAUAGCCCCAAACUCCACCAUCUGCAUAGACUACGUGCCGUCACAUUUAUAUCACAUGCUGUUUGAGCUUUUCAAGAACUCCAUGAGAGCGGUAGUUGAGUACCACGGGACUGAGACCGAAUCCAGCGACUUGCCUCCACUGAAAGUGCUCAUUGCUCGAGGACGAGAAGACCUCACCAUUAAGCUGUGUGACAAAGGUGGAGGCAUCCCACGGUCUUGCAUAGAGUUGUUGUUUCAGUACAUGUACUCCACUGCUCCACAGCCUUCAGCUUCUGGCCUCAACUCUGCACCUCUGGCUGGCUAUGGCUAUGGUUUGCCCCUGUCUCGGCUAUAUGCCCGCUACUUUCGUGGGGACCUGAUCCUGAACUCUUGUGAAGGAUACGGAACUGAUGCUCUCAUAUACCUGAAGGCACUGAGCAAUGAGGCCAACGAAAUGCUGCCCGUUUUCAACAAGACAUCGAGCAAGCACUACAGCUCAGCUGUGGGCGCCAGUGAUUGGAUCGCACCUCCUCCACCACCCCCAGCAGCACCCUCGCCCCAGGGCCUCCGCCACAUGUCCAACUUGCCCCUCAAUGCAGCCAAACAGUCAAUGCUUGCACGCAAGUUCUCCCAGCAGCACAAGAACAAAAAUUUAUGAACAGCCGGGGAGCUGCCAUGAACUGUUCUUCAAAUUAGUCGGUGUCUGUAAAUACUUUUUUUAUAAGGACUGCACUUCUUAUUACUUUGUGUGAAAAAGUGUGACCAUACUCUUCUCUUUAACACAGUACCGUGCUUUUUUGUUAGAAAGGGUGAAGAUGCAAAGUGUUCAUCCUUACGCAACUUGGAAACUGAAGGUCUGUGCGUAGAUGUGUCAAAAGUACAGUACACAUGUCAAGUGUAUGUUAAUGAAGGAGUAUAUGCUGGUCGUCAUGUGUGAUAAGUUUUGUCAUUGCCUGUAUUGAAAAGCUUAAUGUGACUGUUCGUCCCAGAAUUUCCUGAAUAUGUUCACAAGGCCCCUCAUGUGUGUAAACUAUAAAGAACUGCUGGAGAUUUGCUCCCAUUAAAAUGACUGGAAUGCUGCUGUGAUGACGCUUAUGAAAAUUAUCAAUAGCCCAUGCAAUGUUUUUUUUUAUUUACUGUUGUUCUUUCUACGGUAGUUAAAGCCAAAACCAGAAAACAGUGUUGAUACCCAGCUCAUCAAAUGGGGGAAAUUGGCCUUUGAAAGUGAAGUCACAAAAGAAAGACGUCAGAAUGAAAAAAAAAACGACUUCAUGCUUCAUUUGAACUAGUUUGACGGGUGUUAAUUCUCUUUGGUCUUUAACUUUGACCCUGCUGGUGAGUACCAGAAGCUCACACAUUUUACUUACAGGGAUUGAAUUAAUAAGCCAACUUAUCAGCAAGAUUAUCAAUUUUCAAAUUACCUUGGCUUCCAAGCAGAAGAGACCUUUCAAUGAGAUAGAGCCAGCAGGAAGGGUGCAUUUGUGCUAAUGUUAUUUUAUACUCUACACUGUUGUAACUUCUGUACACUGUGUGGCAUGGCUCAUUUUCUAACAGAAAGCAACACUGCAGAAUGGAUAGAUAAAAAGUGUGUAAUAAUGGGUGCAUGUUUUAAUUCUAUACUCCACUUCAUACAUAGCAGGCAAUGCUAUGGAAGCUGCACAAGGAGUAUGGUCAUUGAAGCCUCACUUAGCUUGUUUCACAGUGCUAAUAUUCUUGAUGUGCGACACUUUCUGUGGAACAAUGACUUCACAUUCAAACUACAACUUGUGCAUGUAAGGAGGUUACAUCAAAUUACGUAUUCAUGCACUUUUAUGCUUCCAGUACCUGACAUACCAUGUUUUGGCUGCGAGCACGAGCGGUGUGCCGAGGUCACUGGUUGCAGAAAUAUACCACUCCUUUCAUUUGGUGGCAAUUAUCAUCACAUCAGUUGUCUUUUGUGUAUUAAGUCAUAUUUCGCAAGAUGUCUUUGAUAUAAAUGCACCAUUUACUGAUCGCAAAUGGGAGUUGUGAGAAUUUUAUCUAGCUCAUAGCAAUGCCUCCUAUGUGUGAAAUGGAGCAGAGACUUGAUUAUUGAAAAGAUUAUUGCAUAACAGAGAAAACAGAGGAGGAAGCAAAUACAGUUAAACCUCGAUAUAAUGAAGUAUGUAAAAUCGGCAAUUUGUUUGGUUCUAUCAAAAUUUCAUUGUAAUGAAAUUUCACCUUUUAUGCAAAUAAGUACAGUUGGCAAUCAAUUUUUCUUACACGAAAAGGGGCCGCAGAAUUUCCCGAAUUAUCAGACAACCGAAAAAAGCAUAUUUGAAUGAGAAAUCAAUUCAUUUUGAUAAAUUUGGGAGUCUGUGACGAAUGACACUGUUCCAUGCCACGUACGUCGACGAUAUCUUCUCGACGCUACGAAUUAAGCAAAGCCAGCCACACUUUUGCAUGCACUCCACCCCCGCGGCUGAUAGUGUAACCCGCACUUGGACGACGUUAUCAGGGAAAACGCCGGCAGCGGGGAGCGAAUGGUUCGUCUGCCUCUUGCUUCAAUGGGUCACCGAAACUAUAGAUUACGCAACCUCCAAUACUAAACUCGCGGUAAGACAGCUUACAUGGUGCCACGCAGUCUUGGCACCAAUCAUUUGACCAUCUGCGUCCGCAGAAGUUUCCAUUUAUUGUCUCGGCAUUCCUUUCCAGCGGCAGUGAAAUUUUGUUAUGAAAUCGCAUGUACACUUCGUUAUAUUGAGGUUCUAAAUGGUGGUCCAUGGGCAAGAUGUUGUGAAACGUCAAAUACUUCGCUAUAUAGAAAAUUUCUUUAUAUAGAGGUUUAACUGAACUGUAUAUUGAACUAUGUCAGCUGAUGUUUAACUGUGUAGUGAUCACUUUUGAAUUUGCUCGUCAGUUUUGCACUAUUCCUGUCAGCCAUGCAUCACAACCUACCCAAAUCAUUCACGUUGUGGUGUGCACAUUUCUAGUUCGUUACUGCAGUCCAAGGUCAUUGUGACAUGUAAACUCAAAAUCAAAUUCUGCAGUUUUACAUGCCAAAACCAUAACUAUCUCCACCCUUUUGUGUUAAAACGCCAUAAAAACUGAGCACAGUAGUUAUGACGAUUACUUGCCACAACUCAGUUUUGUAGCUAUGUAUAACCCCUUAUGUCGGACUCCAAAGUAGAUGUCUGACCACAAAAAAAAUGCAAGGUGAAAAAGGGAGAGGGUGCAAUGUACCUCCAGAUUUUGUUUUUCACUGUGUGGGUUGAAUUUGGACUUGCCACCCAGUGUUUGAAAUAUUUGAAAUAAAGAUGUCAUUGUUUUGUUUAA